AUGGUAGACACAUUUGACAGUGUCAGAGUGCACAUGAAGAUGUCUGUUGACAACGAACGAAUCGCAGAACCGGUGAACGCCCUUAGUGUGCCGGCGGUGGUCUUGGCAGCAGGAGCCUGUGACAACCUGCUUCCGCUAACGAACGCAACGCCAAAGGCGCUAAUCAAAGUUGGGCACAGAUCUCUCAUAUGCGGGACGAUAGACAACCUCGUGGCGGCCGGAAUACACAACAUCCACAUCAUCGUCAGCGUCGACGACCAGCAGUGCAUCGAGGACCACGUGCGGUCAGAGUUCGCAGCAGAGGGUACUUAUGGGACACGUAACUGCGGACGUGACAAGCUGGAUAUAUCGAUACACGCUAUUGUGGACAGAGAUGAACAAAUCUCAACCACAACCGACGUACUCAGGUAUGCUGCGGAGCGCCUGGAGACGGACUUUCUGGUUGUUCCGUGUGAUCUGUUCGGCGCAUUAAACAUUCGUGGACUCGUGGAAAACCAUCUGUCAACCAAAAGGCUCUGCACAGUUGCACUCAUUGAAGACAAACGCAACCCGCAGGAGACCAAGAAAACCAAGCAGACGCCAGAUGACCAAAUCGCACCAGGAGGGGACCCCGUGAAGGGAUGGGGAUACAAAUAUAGGGUCAUGGUGACAAUGGAUACCGACAACUCGCAAUUGCUUGGAAUAGCGGACGUGCUCACGCUCAACAGCGGGGAGACCUACACCGUUGACAAGUGGACUGCGAGGAGGCACCCGAAGUGCGUCAUUCGAAACGACUUAUACGAUGCGCACAUAUACGUCUUCUCUAAGCAUAUACGCAACAUCGCUGAGCUGCCGUGCAUGGCUCACACGUCCAUCAGGCUUGACCUAAUCCCGCACAUUGUGAAGAUGCAAGAAGUACCCGAUGCUGCAUCAUGGCCCACUCGCGAACCAACGAGCAACGGAGCCCAAGAGGAAAGGGUGUACGUCAAGGAUAUCGAGCGAAGUGACGCUAACGAUGCCAUGAGGGUCUUCCACUACAUGGAUAUCGGGGACUCAAUGAAGUGCGGCAGGGUCAACAGCCUGGAGGCGCUCAUGAACGUUAACAUGCAGAAGGCUGCAGACGGCGCGCAAAAGCAGGCUGGCCAGGCGGCACUGCCGGCAGGUGUGAAGAUGCGCGAUGUCAUUAUCGCAACGGGUUGCAACAUAGGCGAGGGAACGAAUGCUAGGGGAUGUGUUAUGGGCGAAAACGUGACCAUUGGCAAAAAUUGCAAGCUGUCCAAGUGUGUCAUCAUGAACGACGUCACACUCCAGGAUAACGUAAACCUCGACAGGUGUAUCAUCGGACAGGGCGCAACAGUGUCCAGCAAAGCGACGCUGAAGCACGUUGUCGUGGCACCUGACCACACCGUCCCGAAUAACACGCGCGUAGAACGCGACUUCCUGCCCUCGUUUAUAGACCAAUGA